GAUGGCGGACGAAGUACUGUUCGAGUUUCUUCACAUGGAAAUCGUGGGUCAUGUAUAUAAAGUUGCGGAAAAAAACGACCAAGAUGAUUGUGUGUCUAAGCUGGAAUCUCUGGGUUACAGAGUCGGACAAAGUCUAGCAGAAAGAUUCACAAGAGAUUGUUCCCGUUUUAAAGAUGAAUUGGACACCAUGAAGUUCAUCUGCAAAGAGUUUUGGACAUCAGUUUAUAAGAAACAGAUAGAUAAUCUGCGAACAAAUCACCAGGGUGUCUAUGUUCUUCAAGACAACAAGUUUAAAUUCUUGACACAGAUGUCUAGUGGUAAACAAUACAUGGAGGAGGCACCCAAGUAUCUAGCUCUGCCUUGCGGCAUGAUCAGAGGUGCUUUGUCAAACUUAGGGAUUAAUUGUUUGGUGACAGCUGAAGUCUCAGCCAUGCCAGCCUGUAAAUUUCAGAUACAGAUUCAGAGACAAUAACUGAGCAUGUAAGCAGGAAAUACAGUGCAAUAUGAAAAGGAUGUAGAUGAUGCUGUUAUUACAAAUGAUUUUUAUUUUUUUUCUACACUGGACACAAGCUGAGCAGUAUAUAUGUUGGUCAGUGAUGUCAUCCACUGACAAAAAAACAUUUUUAAAUGGCUGUUACCUACAUGUAAUUGUUUUCUGCCCCCCACCCCCAACUUUAUAAUAAUUGAUAAUGCUGUUCAUCAAAACUUCCAGCCUGCAAUGUUAGCAUGUUGGAAAUUUCACAGUCAACUGGACUAAAUGAUUGUUUUAUCUGGUCUUACUGUAACAUUCAGAGUAUUCGGCCCUGCAUGCACUAGACAGUUUAAGCAUGUAAGAAAAAACAUGUUAUAAUUGAAGCAAAGUAAUAUAGAGUAGCAAAUGCAAGGGUGACUAUAAAUAGUCAUUGUGGGGGCACUUGGUCAGCAAGUUUUGAUUAUGUUAAGUAGACAUAAAGAAAAUAAAU